GCUGUGACUGAACCAUGGAGUCCAGAUCACUGUGUGAGGAACCAGACUCCAAGAGCUCUCUACCCUUUCCCUCUCCACCAGACUCUGAUUUGGGGGAGGACACAGAGACAGAAGGGUGUGGGAGAGACAGGGACAGGGAGGACAUGUUCCCAGGGGGACAAGAACAUAGAGACCAGGACAGGUCAUAUUCGGAGUCCAGCUCACCUGUGGAUGUCAUCGUUACGACAGACAGCAAAGACAUACCCGAUGACCUGACUAGUACAAACAGCAAAGAUGGCUCCCAUGUCGUCAAAUGGACUGUCAGCAUUGUUAUAGCCAUUCCUAAAGGUGAAGAAGCCUGUCCUGUAGGUGAGGCUAUGGUCUUAGUGGAGAAGGCCAAGAAGAAGCCCAAACGUGUUCUGUCUGGUGGAGUGGUGGAGGCCCCUAAGGCCCAGACAUACUACCGUAUAGAGUACAACAUGCUGCCUGGUGACCAGGACCCUGUUAAAGUAGAUCUGGUGAUGUUCGGCCUUGCUGCUAAGAUCUACAUGGAGAAUGAGACCAAGGUGUUGAAGCCGUGGCUUGAAGGGGACCAGGUGUGGUUAGGCUGGUCUCAGUCUGUAAAGGUUAGAGUCACCAGAGAGCUGCUCAUUAAACUGGUGUCUCAUAAAAUCACCUUCAAAAUCUGGGACACCAAGGACAGGGUCUCUGCUAAAGCCAGAUAUGACCGACCCAAAACCUUCCGGCUGCCACAGGCCAAACCAGGGGAAGACAAUGAUCUAGGUGUCCCGUAG